GCAGUCUGUAUGGAAAUGGCACUGAGCAUCUUCCUUCAUCUCGUUUCAUCCUGGCGCUGCCCGUGGCUGAGGGCGACCAUCGAUGAAGUGGAAACAGAUGUGGUGGAGAUAGAAGCAAAGCUUGACAAGCUGGUGAAGCUAUGCAGUGGGAUGAUUGAAGCAGGCAAGGCCUACAUCACCACAAACAAGCACUUUGUCAGCGGAGUCCGGGACUUGUCGCAGCAGUGCAAGAAGGAUGAAAUGAUUUCGGAGUGCCUGGACAAAUUUGGAGACAGUCUGCAGGAAAUGAUCAACUACCACAUGAUCCUGUUUGACCAGGCUCAGAGGUCUGUCCGGCAGCAGCUGCACAACUUUGUGAAAGAUGACGUCCGGAAAUUCAAGGAAACCAAGAAGCAGUUUGACAAGGUACGAGAAGACAUGGAGAUUUCGCUGGUGAAGAACGCCCAGGCACCUCGGCACAAGCCCCAUGAAGUGGAGGAGGCAACGGGCACCCUGACCAUAACCAGAAAGUGCUUUCGGCACCUGGCCCUGGACUACGUGCUGCAGAUCAACGUCCUGCAGGCCAAGAAGAAGUUUGAAAUCCUGGAUGCGAUGCUGUCCUUCAUGCACGCCCAGUACACCUUCUUCCAGCAGGGCUACAGUCUUCUCCAUGAACUGGAUCCCUACAUGAAGAAGCUUGCCACAGAGCUCGACCAGCUGGUGAUUGACUCUGCAGUGGAGAAGAGGGAGAUGGAGCAUAAGCACGCGCUGAUACAGCAGAGGACCCUCCUGCAGGACUUCUCCUACGAUGACUCAAAGGUGGAGUUCAACGUCGAUGCCCCAAAUGGAGUGGUAAUGGAAGGCUACCUCUUCAAGAGAGCUAGCAACGCGUUCAAGACAUGGAAUCGGAGGUGGUUCUCCAUACAAAACAGCCAGCUGGUGUACCAGAAAAAGCUAAAGGAUGUCCUCACGGUAGUGGUGGAAGACCUGCGGCUCUGUACUGUCAAGCCAUGUGAAGACAUAGAGAGGAGGUUUUGCUUUGAGGUCGUCUCACCUACCAAGAGCUGCAUGUUGCAGGCUGACUCAGAGAAGCUGCGUCAGGCCUGGAUUCAGGCUGUUCAAGCCAGCAUUGCUUCUGCAUACCGGGAGAGUCCUGACAGCUACUACAUCGAAAGACUGGACCGGACUGCUUCCCCAUCAACGAGCAGCAUUGAUUCCGCUACCGACUCGCGGGAGCGCAACGUGAAAGGGGAGACCAUCUUGCAGAGGGUGCAGAGCAUCCCUGGGAACGACCAGUGCUGUGACUGCGGUCAGCCAGAUCCCCGCUGGGCCAGCAUCAACCUGGGCAUCCUGCUGUGCAUCGAGUGCUCUGGCAUCCACAGGAGUCUGGGCGUUCACUGCUCCAAAGUCCGAUCUCUCACGCUGGACUCCUGGGAGCCAGAGUUACUGAAACUGAUGUGUGAGCUGGGGAACAGCACCAUGAACCAGAUUUACGAGGCGCAGUGUGAAGAGCUGGGACUUAAGAAACCCACAGCAGGGAGCUCCAGGCAGGACAAAGAAGCCUGGAUCAAGGUGAAGUACGUGGAGAAGAAAUUCCUGAAGAAGCUGCCAAACGGGGAGGCUCUGGCAGAAAACGAGCGGAAACCUCGACGCUGGUGUGUGAAGAAGUGCCAGAGGCACAACAGUGCCACGAAAGCACCCACAGCUCGUAGGAAGUACCGCCACGAAGCAGGCAACGCAUCACCAGCGAUGUUGUCAUCAGCAGCCACGCUGGAGAGGAAGUUCCGUCGAGAUUCCCUCUUCUGCCCUGAUGAACUGGACUCGCUCUUCUCCUACUUUGACACUGGUGCUGGCUCUGGCCCACGCAGUCUGAGCAGUGACAGCGGGCUUGGGGGAAGCACGGACGGCAGCACGGAUAUCCUGGUGUUUGGCUCCGUGGUGGACAGCGUGACGGAGGAAGAGUGCGAGGUGUCAGAGGAGUCCAGCGGUGAAGCAGAGAUUGAGCAGGAGGCAUCAGAUUUGGAGGACCUGCGGGAGCUGCACCCUGGCUUGUUGGUCUACAAGGCGGCACAAGCCCGAAACCUGCCGCUCAUGGCAGAAGCCCUGGCUCAUGGUGCUGAAGUCAACUGGGUGAACGAUGAAGAUGAAAACAAAACUCCUCUGAUUCAAGCCGUGAUGGGGGGCUCCUUGAUAGCCUGUGAAUUCCUGCUGCAGAACGGGGCAGAUGUUAACCAAAGAGACAGCCGAGGCCGGGCUCCCUUGCACCAUGCCACGUACCUGGGGCACACUGGCCAGGUCUGCUUGUUCCUCAAGCGAGGGGCGAACCAGCACGCAGUGGACAGCGACGGGCAGGACCCGCUAAGUAUCGCAGUCCAGGCGGCCAACGCAGACAUCGUUACCUUGCUGCGUUUGGCCCGAAUGAAUGAGGAAAUGCGAGAAGCAGAGGGCCCCUUCGGACAACCAGGUCAAUAUCCCAGCAACAGCCCUACUGAGCUCCAGUACAGGAAGUGUAUACAAGAGUUCAUCAGCCUUAACAUAGAUGAGUGUUAGUGACAACUCCCCCACCUCCCCUUUGCAGUCUUGAAGUGGGGCCGGAUUCCUGGAAGCCCCGAGAGCCCCAUCCUUGGUAUAUUGGUGUUUCUUGCAGAUUGGUCUGUUUUUGAUGCCUGCGCCUAUAGGUUGAGAUGCGUGCAGGAAGGAGGAGGGAUCUUUCCUGCUAGCAUCAAGUUCUCAUGCUUGACUACUGGAUGGUUGAUUUUGUGUAGGAGAUUCUUAGGGCAUAACCACAGACCAUGGCGUGUGGACUCGAGUGAGUGAAAAGUAUGGGAGAAGAGUUUAGCAUUAAACAAAACAAAAAGAAAAAAAAAUAAAAAAAAAAAAAAAAGAAAGAAAGAAGAAAAGGAAACCCUCUAUCACCAGGAGAAGCCCGCCAACACUAGGAUCAGACGAACCUCUCUUGUCUCUGUUUCGGUGCAGUCACCACGCGCUGAAUUCUCGUCUGAACCGUUUGGAAGGGAUUCUGAUGGGGAGCCCUCUCCUGGCAGUGCGACCAGCAGCCUGCUCUCUCCUGGGACUCUGCAGCAUCUGGGAGCUGCUGGGGCCAGUUUAGAAAACUCAAAUGCAACCUCUAAGUCGGGAACAGGCUGUUUCGUGGGGCAGAUGCUUCGCUGCACAACAGAAGGGGUAGAAUUGAGAGCCAUGGCUACCCACCUCACUUGCUCUCAGGACUAUUACCAGCCACGCUCCCCUUUUUUUGGCCUUGGUGGUUAGCUGGUCAAAGCCAUAGCUCACCUGCUUCCUGGGCCGGGAUGCGCUCUGCCCGUGGUGUGAAGCAGCAAUGCUAACUUUUUUUUUGAGGCUGGGAGAAGCUUGUCGCUGGCGAUGGGCUUUUCUGUCAGGGAAGAAAAGCCAAGUCCAACUGCCACUGCCAAGCUGGCUGGCUGCACGAUGCAAUUUGGUUUGGUUUGUUUCCUGGUCACCGUAUUUCUGACUCAGUGUCUCUGUGAAGGAGACUCCUACCUGCAUGUGUAUCCCUCUGUGCUCACCCCGCAUGCUCAAGCAUGUGAGUAGGGCAUCUCAGCAGCUGGCCUGGGGACUUCGGCGUUUCCCAGUUCCAAUGACCAGCAGAAUCUUCUUUUUUUUUUCUUUUUCUGGUAUUAUUCUUUGCUGGAGCAGGGGAAUGUGUUUCUACUCAGAGCACUUUGUUGCUGGUGUUUAUGGUCUGUUGUGGGGUCAUGCUACAGCAGCCCUGCAGAGUUGGUUGGGAACUUGGGUGCCACGCUGAGAUGUGCUCCUGCAAGAGCCACUUCUGAACGCCCUCAAACUGCUGUUGGCAUCAGAAAUUUUCAGGACUCGUGGGCAGCAGCCCACAGCUGGUAUUCAGCCGGCCUGGGCACCUCGGCUGCUGGCUCUGGGCUUGGGCCAUCGUGCCUUACAGAUAGUCCUGAAGGGGUCGGGAUCUCACGAGGAACACAAAUACCAGGCAGAGCUCCCCGUCCUCCUGCAUUACAUCAGCAGUGAGACACAGUCAUGCUCUUUUUCAUCCACUCUUUGACUUCCUUUCUUUGUAAACUGGCAGGUGUCUUGCUGCAGCCCUUGGGGGGGUCAAACCUUUGCGGGUUUACUUCUGUCCUCAGAUGCCAGCACAACCCAGCUCCUUGCUUGAGAUAGUGCCCUCAGACUGAUCCUACAGCGCUCAGAGUACACCCGUGUGUCUGCAAGUGGAACGAAAAAGAAGCUCCUCUUGGGCUCUGGUAGUUGUCCCCUCGGUUCCAGGGAGUGUCCCUGCUUCCCUCGGGAAGUGCUGCCCCAUGUCCUGCUGCAGACAGAUCACAGAUUUCAGUCUCUGCACUCUGGGGCUUGAAUCCCAUCUUUCUCUUGUGGCUUUCUCAUUCCUGUUCUCUCCUGAAGCUGCAGGAUGCCCAGUGCCAAGUCCUGAGCUCAGUUCCAGGUGUCUGUUGUGAGCCCGAGAUAGUCCCAGUGACCGUGCUGGAAGUGCUGCAGCUCAGUGGCGGUGCAGAAUCCAGUCCCAGGGCCUGCCUUUCUUCCCUAAGCCACAAACCAUCUCCUUCCACCACUGUUUAAAGAAUUAAUGAUUAUAUUAUUGGCCCCAUCAGCCUUUUCACCCCUGGCAAUGCCUUUCGCUGCAUCUUCUCCAUCAUUCCACCCAUCCUGCCUCGAGGACCAGGCUCUGUACCCAGCAAACUGGCUUUCUCCUUUCUCAGCUGCUCAAUGCCUGCUCUGAAACUUUCAUCCUUUGCACUGCUUUUCUUCCUGGUCCAAGUCAUCCCGAGGUUACAGGGGCUCCCCCUCGGAGCAGUGCUGCCUUUUGCUGGUGUCACUGCUGUGUUGGCCGCCCUCCUCGUGGGCUGAGCCUGCUUGCUCUGCAGUCAGUGGCUGGCUGAGCCCUUCAGCAGGGCAGCACCGUGCAUGGUUAGAUCACCCCCUGGCAUCCAGAUCAGUGCUUGAGCGCUCAGGACAGGGACCAGCAUGCAGCCAAGAAGCAGCUUUGCCGCCUGGGUCAGGAACUGGGAGAUCCUCUGUGAUGAAUUCUCUUUGAUAAUCCCAGCCCAUUUUAUGCUUCCUGCAUCUGUUGAGACGUUUGUCAGAGCUGAUGUGGUUCCCUUGAGUUCUGAAUCUUCCAGGCAUCUUCCAGGGUACUUCAGAGAUCGUGGCAGUGGAGCAGAUGUCUCACCAUCACCACGGUCCUGCUCUGUUAAGGAUCUUCAGCAUGAUCAUCAUCUAGCAACGUUUUUCACAUGCACAGCAACUUAAAACACCCCAGUCGGUUUCCCAGCUUCUAGGGGAAGUUAGGAAUAGGCCUGAUCCUUUCUGUAAGCCAAGGAGGACUGGAGACGUGGCUUCCACUUUGGGUCAUUUUAUUUCACAGUCGGCAUGAGUGACUGAUGAGAACAAAACAAGAACCGGGUACAGACAGGUCCAGUGAAGCUCAGACUUACUGCUGAAGUACAUGAAGUUGAAGCGUGUGUAAAUACUGAUGCAAAAAGCAGUGUCUUGCAAGACAAUUUAUUUAACAUGUAUUGGUACUUUAUUUAGAUUCAAUGUAUAAAGCAACUUUGUGCACUUUUCCUACAUACAGUAUUGGGGGGUUUUAUGUUCUUUUGUUAUGGAUUUUGUGCUGUCUUUUUUAAUCAGUGGAAUUGUUAAGUAUUUAAUUUAUUAUUGAUGUGCCCAGAGGACUAGUGCAAUUUUUAUUCAAUACAGUUUGUCUGUAUUUAAUGUCAGGAUUUUUUUGUAGCAUUGUUAGGGAAUAUUUUUCGAAACUUGCCUUUUUUUCCCCCACAGCUCUCCUCUUCCCCCUUCUCCACCCCCACCCCCCCCUUUUCUCUUCUCUUUUCAUUAUACAGAUGACGAGGCAUGAAAUGCCUCAAGUUUGUAAUAUAAUCAACCACUUUAGUACAUCCUGCAGUUUCUAAAACAAAAACAACAAAAAAGGUUCUCCAGGAAAAAAUGCUAAGGAGAGGCACUUCUCACUGGUUUGUGUUUGAUUUAUUAGAUGGGGGCGUGUGUGUGUGCGUGCCUAGAGCUUUGGAGGGGGGGGGAGUGGGGAAGUUGGACAUAAAGUUUGUUUUCAGCAAAAUAAAUGGCCAGCUGGGCUACAGGGAAGGCUAGAUCUGAACACUCAUUUUUUUUUUUUUCUCCUAGUACAGCUGGAUUUGUGUUGUACAAUCUCGUUUGAAAUACCGAAUGCCAAAACUCCUCCUCCUUUCUUUUCAAAGCGUGCAUAGGUUGUAACUGUGCCAGUAACUUGGCUGCAACCACGGAUAAGGUGAGAGGCUUUGCCUUUGUCUCGAAAGCAACAUGCCAGGCAUUGUCCAAACGCAAAAGGACCCAAACCCUUGCCCCAGCCCUGCAGAUUCUGUCAUCUUUUGAGUUUUUGAGACUCAAGAAUUAUUUCCAUGCCUGUACUAGCUUUUGUUUGAGUUGACCCAAACCCUGUAACCGAGUGCCUGGACAGGUAGGCUGGGUUUGAGUCUUAGAGGCACCUGUCUCUGAUUCCCCAUGGGACAACUUCAAGUUGCUGGCAAGUUGAAAUGAUCCCCCCGGUGCCAUCGAGGGGUGCCUUGGGUGUUUUUAAUGUUGUGGUCUCUGAGAUGCUCUCUGCACUGUGAAACUCCUUGGAAUUGGAUGAACUGGUGUCAAACCCUUUUUGUUUAAAGACAAGCUGAGGCUGUGAUCAGCAUAAAAUAGAUCAGUAACAUCUCAGACCAGCACAAAUGGCCAUUAUUUAUGCAAGAGAAAACCAGGACCUCCAAAAGAAAUGCACUGCUAAGCGAUGGUCCAGCGGCCCUACCGCAGCCGUCCUCUGCUGCUGCUGGGCUGCCCCUGCCCCUGCUCCUCUCUCCUCGCUGCCCGAGCAUUAUUGCUUUCAACCAAAGACAAAACAGAGCGAAGGGACUCGAUGUGAUUUUUAAACACUUGGUUUGCUGAUGACAAACGUCGGUGUGAGUGUGCCUGCGUGCGAGAGCAUUUGGUGCUGAUGUGUGGAGAAGGGUGGGCAAGGAGGGACCGAGCAGAAGGGAGAGUGGGAGUUUGAAAGAACUUUAUUUAUUAUUUUUUUGAGAUUCCAAAAUAUACAGUGCUGUUUCCAUAGGAAUGUGAUUCAUAUCGCAGUCUGCCUGCUGGCUCCUCUGCCUGGUAGGGAAUUUGGACUGGGGUAUGUACCUCGCACGUGGUAGUGGGAGGAAAGGGCAGGCAAAUAGUUAUGGGGAGGGAAAGAGGGGUAGAGGUGGGAGCCACGAUGGUUUUCAGGGCACGAGGAGGACCUUGUGUGUUCCUAGUGCAGGAGCUGAGAUGGCUGGAGAGGCUGAAGCAGGAGCAUCCCUCCACAACCAUCCUGGCUCUCAGCAAGGGCCGUGGAGGUUUGUGUGUCCUCCUGCUCCACUCGCAGACACGCUGGAAGCAGCCAGGGAGUUGCCUUCAGGUUGUCCGUGGAGCUGUAGACCUGUCUCAGUCGCUUCCAUCCAUCCCAUCCCUCCAUCAGCACAGGAACAUCAGGGUGAGUUCCCCACCCUGGGAGCCCUCGGUGUGACGCCUGGGGCUGCUGGAUCACUGAGGGUGAGCGAGCCUUUUCCUAGGGCAGGGUGACACAGCCUGGGCUGGGAGCCUUUGGGACGAGACAGCCCAGCCAGCCUCUUGCUGGCCGAGGCUCCCGUACCUUCCUAUCUAAACAGCACGGAGAGAAAGUUCUUCAGCCAAGUGAAAGCUGCUACGUGUGGUUGAUUAACACGGCUCCGAUACACGCCGAACGGCUGGGCUGCUGCACCAGGGGCUGGCACUUGCUGUAAAUACGCUGUAACCUAUUAACCUCCUUCACUUGCCUGCUUUCAGUACAACUUUGUAACACGUUUUUUAAGUCCCCCUUUCCCUACACAGCCUGUACUGACUGUAACUAUGGAACCAGAUAUUCUGUAUGUUAUUACCUUUGUACAAUUUUAAAACUGUUGCUGUGGUGUCUGCCUUUUUUUCCUCCUUUCUCUUCUAUUGUCUCUUGAAACACUGUUAAUAAAAAUCUAGAUGAACUCUUUCCCUCCUCUUUCUCUGGCUUGAUUUAUUUAUGUACGGUUUCUUGCCUUGUUGCCUAUAUUAACUGGUCCUAGAACACCAUCUCUUUUAACCUGUUUUCCUUUCCCACUGCACCCCACAGCUUGAAUCUUAUGUCAGUGAAGAGAAUGCCGUGUAACUGCUCUGCUUUUUGUUGGGUUUCCGCGUUUUAAUGUGAUUUCAGGAUGCUUGGGAAGAAGACUGGGGGAAGGUGACAGGCUCACAUCACCCCUAAUUCUCUUCCGAGUAUCUGGGUUGGUCGCUGCUCGCUGUGUUAUGAGCUCUGCUGCUGACUGCCCUGUGAAAGAAGACCUUGCACUAGGUCAAAAAUCUGCACAUGGACCGCUCCUUCCCCUGUAUCACUGCAAUCCUUCCCCCUGGGUUUCUCUCAUCCCAUGUGCCUGCGGCAGAAAAAUAAAAAGAAAAGAAAGA